AUGGACGCUGGGCAAAAUUCCAAGCAGCUUUUCAAGCUCAAUGACCAGGCUACCACGUAUAAGCGACCGAGCUUACAGGAGCUUCUUGAACGCAAUGCCCAAAGAGCUCAAGACUUUAAGCCUAUACUGACGUUCGAUGAUAUGAGCAACUUGCCAGUGGAAAAGCAGAUACCAAUGCCAAAAAUAUUCAUUGUUAGUUGCGACGAUCCUCGAAUUAUUGCCUCGGAUUUCCUUGGCUUGAAGCAAUGGGAUGCUGUUGUAGCUACCGGCGUUGCAGGCCGUAUAGCACAUCAAUUCGAAAAUAUGCUGUUUUUGGACCAUUUUCUUCAUUUUGAAGACAUAAUGAUCAUCCACCAUACAAACUGCUCGGCUGGAAUAUUCAAGAACGACGAGAUUCACAAAGCCCUAGAAGAGCGGGCGCCCGGCCAUCCAAGCAUUCGGCUCCCCGGAUAUGAAGAUCUUGAACAGAGUGUUCGGGAUGACAUCGAAUUUGUUAAAAACUCGCCACUGGUUAGAAAAGAGCUUGCCGAUCGAACCACGGGAUACAUCUACGAUAUACAUACGGGAAAACUUAAUCCUGUGAUUUAA